AUGGAUAUUCCACCGACUGCACCAUCCUACGCUUGGUUUGAGUUUCUUCUUCACCCGGAAGCACUUCAAAAGCACCUGUCCACUCUUCGUCAGCAAAAAGAUCAUGAUACACAUUGCGCUACAAGUGCCAUUGAACUGGUACGCGAGUUUUUGGACCAAGCACAGCUCGUGGCAGACGAGGGCAACGUGCGCAAUAAACGCUAUAGUGCGUUGCUGCUCGUGGCUGCCCAAGUUGUAAUGCAAAUGCAGUUGUCGCUGUCUGACAUCGAAGAAGCACUACCUCUGCACUACCAGCGGCUUUUACUCGAUGGCAUCGUAGACCUUGCCGAGCAGCCAUCCAGCAGCCACAGCACUUUCAAGACCGAAACGAUUAUCAAGUCGUAUGAAGCUCAUUUGCUGCACAAGCGCUGGACGCUGCGUACGCUUAUAAACCAGUCACUAAAUGGUUUUCUGACCUGCAGCACUCGUAGCGAGGGCGAGGAGAUCUCAGCUACAUUUCAGAUGGCGCUGGGCGAUCUCAUGGCUAGUCACUUACAGAUUGCUCAGAGCAUUGAAUCUAUCUUAUUGAGCGAGGAGAAGCAAGCACUGUCAGUGAAGACACAGCUAGAGACUUGGUAUGAUCUUGGUAGAUAUUUUUUCAGCUUUACUGGAUUCGAAAAGGCCUACAGUUGUUUUAGUCGAGCUUCCGAGCUUGGGAGAAACAACGAAAAUGAUGACCAAGACAUUGGAGUAAGGGACAGCGCAAAGCUAUUUUCAGAUAUCCAGUCAAAUUUGGAAGGAUACCUUUCGGCAUGUGCAGCAGUGCUGGAGGUGCAGUCGGUCAACGAAAGUCCCGCAGUAUUGAAGACCCCAAAAAUACAAAUUGGAAUAGCCUGGGAAAGCCAAGAUUGGGACAAGGUAAUAGAAAUACUUGAAAAUGAUCUUGUAGCUUCAGAGCCUAUGAAGCUACCACAAGGCUUUCGUGCCGCGCUAGAACAACAGGCACUUAAACUUUUACGGUCUAUCAGCAACGAAACGAUGCAGACUGGCCUGCAAAUCGUAAGCCAUACCACUCGAUAUUUGUACGAACGGAUUGUAUUGGAAAAUGCAGUGACGGGUCUUCUUUUCGAAAAUGGUGAGGAUGAGGUUACCACAGUCGAGAAUUGCAUCUGUAUAGGCAUCCGUUUGCUUCAGGAUGAUUCAUUCUAUUCUAUAGUUCAAGGCGCCAGUACCGAUGAAGUCGCUAAAAAUUGUCUUACUGCACUAGCGCUUUUUGUGCUGCAGCUUAGUGAGUUUGCGACUUUAAAGGCGUCCGACGAUCGUGCAAAGAAAAGGAUCAAGCAGUUUGUCUCACAAGUGGUUCGCCACCUUCCCUGCAUUAAGGACUUAACGGGAAAUUCGGCAUAUUCAGGACAUUUUGGUAAUCUUGAUGGAAUGGAAAGCUUAGUAUCCUUAUCCUCUGCGGAAAGUCUGGACGGACAUGUGAGGUUGGAGAGGCACCAUGUUACGGCAGCUGCCAAGCAAAAGAAACACUUUCGUUUAAUGGCUGACAUGGGGAGCAUAUUUGUGUUUCCUAGCGCCUAUGAAAGGGACUCUUUUGCCGUGACGCUUCAGAAGGAACUGGUCGAACUAGCCAAAAGCGUUGACGGGGCGCAAGCAGACGAUAUGAUUAGUCGGAAUCUGAUUACAUUUUGUACGGCAAACAACUGCUGGGAUAUCUUAUCGCAAUGGUCAAAUGCAAAUGUAGUAUCAAAACAAAUGAGAUGCGACCUUAACUUUGUGGUGGCUUGCGGCGCGCUGGUUCAGUACUUGUCAUCUUUAAUGGCAUCACAUCUUUCAGCAAAUGGCACAACUGGCAGCGUUGCCUUGUUCGUAUCAAGUCUGAAGGAGAACGCCGCGUUUUCCAUCUCAGCAAGUAAUAAAUUUAUGGCUGAAAUACUGUUGAAAUGGCGCGAAUUGACAAAUACAGUUUCCACUGGUCUAUCGAAGGUCCCUGACACCGAGCAACAAAAUCACGACAGAUUUAUGGUGCUCAUGGGUUUGCCUUUGUGGGUCGUGGAGAUCCUGGUAUGCAUUUCUGCAGGGUUGCUGCACCGUGCCUAUAUGUGUAACACGUGUGACUACCGUGUAUCUUUUGACCUGAAUCCCUACGGUGAACUUGCGUAUUUGGCGGCAUUUGCACCAGAUGUAUCUUUGAUGCCAUUGGAAGCUAGUGCUGCAAGCACUGGAAGCUCGGACGAGCAGUUUGCUACUGUGCCUUUUGUGAAGCAUUUUCAAGUGGAUUUGGUAGAAUUGCAUUCAAAAGCCCUUCAAACUUUAGUCAGCCGUUGUGGCCGUGAGCCAAGAUGGCAUUGUGCUAAGGCUGAUCUACUGCUUAAUCCGCUGACAAAGCAACGUUUAGCUUCAACCUCUGAUCCUCGCGCUGCUCUUGAAAGCUAUCUAGUGGCAGCCUUGCUGGCAACUAAUUUCUUCUCAGAUAUGAUUUCCGUGGUUGAUGUAAUUGAUCAGAGCUCACUUGUCCGUUUGAGCCAAUGUCUUGUCAAGAUUGGGGCGCACGUUGCAGCCGCUGUGCUUUACCAGUGUUUUGCGCCUGAAGAGUUUAAGUACGGCCUUCGAAUUUUGCGCCUGGCUCCAGAAUGUCACGAUGAAGGCUUUUAUCAGUACUUCUGGCAGUUGCCAUUUCUUGAGUUACUGGUGGACCUGCACUCAAGAUUUAAUCACCCUAAUGAUAGACAUGUGACGUUGCUCACAAAUUUGAUUCAAUCACCCGAAUUAAAUAGCUCAAAUCCGACUCCAGUUGUGAAAGACGCCGAGCAGCGCAUUCUUCGUUGUUAUUUUCGGGAUCUUUGUCGAUUGUAUCUCUGCGAAUAA